AUGCUGUGGUUGGGUGUAUGGGGAAAUUUUGUUUCAAGGAGAUCGGGUAAGAAGGAGGAGAAGAAGAUUGCCUACACAUGGUGUUAUGACAGAGAUGUGUAUGUCACCAUCCAUGUUAUACCCGCAAUACAUGACCCAUCAGAACAUACCAUGGCCACGUCUGGGACAGCCCAUGUGUCACCCCACAAUCCCCACAAUCUCAAGAUAACAAGGAGCUGGAGGAGAAUUCUGUCCUUGGCAAUUGGGGGCUAUUCUGUCUCAAGGAGCUCAGGAAGAUUCUGUCCUUGGAACCUGGGGGGCAUUCCGUCUUGGGUAGCUGGCGAGAUUCUUUCUCAGGGGGCUUGGGAAAUUAUGUGUCAAGGAGCUGGGUAG